ACAAAAACAAAUUAUGUCCGCUAUUAUAAGCCUGGCUGGACUUAUAGUAGUGUUGGCUGCCGCCAGUGGCACGUCGGGUCGAUUUAUACAAUCACCGACGUUUACAAUUGAGGCUACCAUAUUGGAUAAGAACAAUGUUGCCAUCAAAUACGAUUUGGGUGACAAAUUCUUUAUACCCGAAGACAUGGGAAGAGACUUCAAAUGGAUCAGGACAAAUCAAAUUGGGUAUGUGGAUGAAAGCGGUAAGGAGGUGUGUCUUUCAUUGCUACACGCUCGCAAUAUGGACUAUAUCGGAGUUGAAACAAUGUCGGGAAGCCAGCCUUUAUGUGAAAAUACACCAGAGCGUUGGGAAACUUUUACUGUAAAUGAAAGUGACGGUAGCGCCGAAGAACCGGUUGUUCUGCUGAGAGACGCUACCAGUGGACAGUGCGCUUACCUGGCGACAAACGGAAGGAAAAGAAAACAGAAGGAGGAAUACUAUCUUGGCUUAGGGGAAUGCGAAGCGGCUAAUCGGGCAAAUAUAGUGCUGAUUGUAAAGGAUGAUAUAAAUCUAAGUCCUUCCCCAAGCCCGUCCCAAUCGCCCGUAAAGGGUAAUGUAAGUCCAAGCCCAUCCCCAAGUCCAUCCCAGUCACCCCAAUCACCCGAUAGACCGAUGCACCAGGUUUGCAAUUGUACCGAAGGCGUACUACUUAACAAUCUGUGCUACGACACACUCAAGGAGGCUUUCGAUGACACCAGAGACGAUAAUACCAUACACGUAGGUGGUGUUGUAGUGAACGUGUCGGAACCGAUAGAAUUUAAUUCGAGCAUCACACUUCAAGGACAUGCAUGCGCUCAUGAAGGUAACAGGGCCAAGAUCAUGGCUACAUCGGGCUUCGAAACACUGUCAGGAGCUAUGCUUAUGGCCACUAAUCCAGAUGAACAGAAUAUAGUUUUCAAGGAUUUGGAAAUUACCAGCGAAUCCGAGGGUCAAUACGUUGCUGCAUUUCAUUCUUUGAGCGAGUCUGAUCUUGAAGGCGAGGGUGCAAACCAAAAGGUGCAACUCCUCUGCAAUAAUAUAUACAUACACGACAUGCAGAGCCAAGAGCCGGGUGUGGGCAUUUUUCUGAGCGGCACCAAUGAGUUGACAAUAGAUGACCAAUGCCUGUUUGAAAAUCUACUCACAACCACGACAAUUGGGGACAAAUGGGCCGGAGGCCCAGCUAUUGCGGUUAACUAUCUUCCUGAAUCAGGCACAAUCGAUAUUGACGGUGAAUUCAAGAACAAUCGAGCGUUUUUUCCCAGUCCGAGCACUAGACAUGCUGGCGGAGGUGCACUCUAUUUCGACUGGAUGGCUGGCAAUGUAUACAUUGCGGCUCAGUUCAGCGGUAACCAAGCAAAUCAGGGUGGCGCAAUCCAGAUACAGGCCAUAAUAGGUGAAUUUUUCGAUAACGGAAUUUAUACAAAUAACACAGCCGCCGACGAAGGUAACGGAGCGAGAUUUGGAGCUCUGGGUUGUAUCAAGCUUUAUAGUGGCGCUUCUUUCGUUCUUAACGGUUCUUAUAUCGACAAUCUUUCCGAAGGUCGAGGUGGUGCCGUGGGUACAAACAUACAUGAGGAUGACAGUCUGUUCGCAAUACAAGGUACAUUUUUAAACAAUAGAGCCCUCCAGGAUGGAGGUGUUUGGGGAAGAUGGUCCAGCACGACCCUCAAGGGUACAGUGGUAAUUGAUAUCGACGCGACUAUCGUUGGGAAUACAGCUGAGGGAGAUGACAAUGACAGCAGCGUAUACAAGACAGUGACAUCAGGUGUGAGCAGUGAUAGCAUGUCUCAAUUCGAAUGGGAGCAGCGUACUACAAGCAAAGUGAUUAAUUAAAAUUGCUAUCGAAGAUUAUGAGGGCAAACUAAAAUAUAAAAUAAAUAAAUCGAAUGAUACAACACAG